AACCCUGCAACCAGCUAGCCAACUGCUGAGAGACAGUUUGGCAGGCUCACUUGUCUUGAGACAGUAGAGAAAGCACAAUGUUUUCGUCCUGUCUCGGGAAUACUCGAGAAAGAGGCUCAGACCUCAAUAAAGAUGAAAGUGGAGGCCAUGGUGGAGGCCGUAGUGGUGCCUGGAGACAACGGGCACGCUCUUGGCUCCAAGUCCUCUGGCCAUUUGGCCGGAAAGAAAGAAACUUGAGCCAGGGCAGCCAGGGCAGCCAGGGUAGCCUGGGAAUCCAGGGAAACCAGGGAAGCCAGGGCAGCCAGGGUAGCCUGGGAAUCCAGGGAAACCAGGGCAGCCAGGGAAGCCAGAGCAGCCAUGGCAGCCAUGGCAGCCAGGCGAUCCAGGUCCAGGGCGACACGGACCAGGUCGGGGUGGAGUCUGCCCCUGAGGAGCUGAACGAGUCCCCUAGAAUGCCCCAUUUCGGGCCCCUGGAACAGAUGUCGGCCCUCCUGGUGACGUCCCUGCAGGGUGGAGACUCCUUCUUUGUGUUUCUCUUCUACUGCAUACACCAAAAGUUUCUCACCACUCAGCAUGUGCUGGACCUGCUGUUCAAGCGAUACACUUCCUUCCGGCCCGACUCUGAAGAGGAUGAACGAGUAAAGUACACCAUCUAUUCCCUCCUGGACUACUGGAUCAACAAGUUCCCUGAGGAGUUUUGCAGGAUCGAACACCUGCCCAUUCUGAAGCGGGUGAAGGAUUACUUGAGCGUGAACAUGCCCUCCUCUGACCUUCUGGUCCUUGUCCAGUAUAUCCAGGAAUACUUGCUGUCACAAGUGGCCAGCGAUUCAGGGGCCAGCGAUGAGGAAGCCUCGGGGUCCACGACCACGUCCCCUCCUAGAGACGCCGGCUUGAGCAACACACCUGUGUGCAAUCUUAGACCAGAGCAGCAGCGCCUCCGCAGAUCCAGUGCUCCAAGUGUGUUGACCAGCAAUGGCGACGGCUACUCUGGAGCCAGAAGCAGCCUGUGCACUGGAGCCGGAGAGCACACAACCGACACAAGGUUCUGUGACCCGUGUGCAGCUGGAGCCACAUGUGGCAGCAGCAGCGGGCUCAUCGCCACCCACUGAAGCUGUCGCUGUUGGCCGUGAGGGCAGACGCGGUACCACAUUCAACAUCUUGCUUGGGCCGCAGUGGUCUGCCUCCCCAGGGAACGGCCCGGCCACCCCUUCCUCCUCCUCUGGUCGUCUGCAUGUUUCUGCCCUGCAGACGGCACAGCUUCUGGUGUUUCCCCACAGAACGACUCCCCGAUUGCAACCCAGCAGCCUUGCCUGCCCCACAGCCAGACUCACCCUGCCCUGGCUAGCAGCCUUUUGACUCUGAUCAAUGUUGUGUUAGUUUAGUCCGAGGAUUGGUUUGAAUAAAUUGCUCUUGUUUGUGUUUCA